AUGUUGUCACGAUCUCGAUUGCCUAGAGGAAUCGUUACCAAUGCUGUCUCCAGACUACAGCUAAAGGCAACAGAGAUAGAGGAUUUCCUGAAAAGAAAAAAGAAAAGAAAAGAGAAAACACCAGUACAAAUGUGGAAAAAUUAUGCAGAAGAGCAGUUCGAUAACAUUACCUAUAGAGUUAAAAAGGAAAGCGGAAAAGAGACUAUGGAACAGUAUGAGCCCAGCGUUAGCGUCCCAGAAGAAGUGCCUAUAAGACCCUUCAGUACGUCUUUACUUCCUCUUUUACGAUCAGAUUUAUCUGUGGAUAUCAGAGAUGCCUUCCUGGACACUAUAAACCAAGCCAUGGCUUCAGUGAGUGAUUAUAUUAUUGCUAAUGAUAUCCAAAUAUGGUGUAAAUGUUCAAGAGAUCUUUCCUGA